UCAAGUAGCCGCUGUUUGUUGCCCCUGCGCCCCCUUCCCUCCCUCUGCCACCAUCUCCACCCGCAGCAGCCUCCCCGGCUCCACCGUCCUGCUGCCCAGUCUCCAACUCUCACCUUUGUUCUGCUGUCAUGGGGUGCGUUGUGUCCUUUUUAUCUGGGAUGCUGAGGGGCAUGACCGUGCUGUGAGGCGGAUACCAGGUGGAUUUAUGGUCCGCAAAGCCGCAACUACCAGCUGAGGGAAAUUAGUGGAACUUUGAGCUCCGGGAGGAUGCAGGUGAAGUGUUGGUGUGCCGUGUUCCUCUUGACGCCUGCAGUUUGCCUGGUUACAAGUGCCCAUGCCUCAAAAUCGGAAAUUGUCAAGGCAGGAAGCCCCAAAUCCACACUAAAACAUAUAUGGACAGAAAGCAGUAAGGAUUUGUCCAUCAGUAGGCUGCUGUCACAGACUCUACAUGGCAAAGAGAACAGCACAGCAUUGGACCUUCGCUAUGACACUCCAGAGCCCUACUCUGAGCAGGACCUGUGGGACUGGCUGAGGAACACCACAGACCUGCAGGACUCGAGGCCGCGGGCUAAACGGCGGCCAAUAGUUAAGACUGGGAAGUUCAAGAAGAUGUUUGGCUGGGGGGACUUCCAUUCUAACAUCAAGACGGUCAAACUCAACCUGCUGAUUACCGGUAAGAUUGUGGAUCAUGGCAACGGCACCUUCAGUGUCUACUUCCGCCACAACUCCACAGGCCAGGGCAACGUGUCUGUCAGCUUGGUCCCUCCAACCAAGAUAGUGGAGUUCGACGUAGCGGCGCAGCAGUCCGUCAUCGACGCCAAGGACUCAAAGUCCUUCAACUGCCGCAUAGAGUAUGAGAAGGUGGAGAAGGGUGCCAAGAACACACUCUGCAAUUUCGACCCAUCCAAGACCUGCUACCAGGAGCAGACCCAGAGCCACGUCUCCUGGCUCUGCUCCAAACCUUUCAAAGUCAUCUGUAUCUUCAUUUCCUUCUACAGCACUGACUACAAACUGGUGCAGAAGGUGUGUCCGGACUAUAACUACCACAGUGACACCCCCUACUUCCCUUCUGGCUGAUGUUCCUAUACACUCAAAUAGAAAUAAGUGGAUGAGUGGAGCACAGACUGGGGUUUCUACCCAUCCCAGAGAAAUGUGUACGGUAGCUGUACUGUCCCUAAACCUGUUCAUACCAGAGAGUCAGUCAUUCCAACUACUUUUACGUUUUAAUGUUCUGAAUUUUGCAUAUACUGUUAAACAAUUAGAGGUGUUAUAUAGGACUGUAAUAUGCUUAAAAUUACCUGAAAAACUAGGUGAUUACUAUAAUUAACAGAUAGCAUUUUGUUCUUAAAUUAUGUUUUGUCCCUGUUUGCCCCAUGUGUAGAUAACAGAGCGUAUUG